GUCGCGCCCGCACCACUGUAUCGACUAAUCCACUUUGUUUGAGCUUCUAAAGUCUGAGUGUGAGAAGGCGACGGAGCGACGGACGGCCAUGGGUCGGAUCGCGAUACAAUCUUUCGACUUGGGGGGAUAUGAUGUAUGAGCUGAGUCAACUCACUACCCAUAUCGAAGGGAACCACGAGGGUACGUGCCGCUCCGUUGGAGGCCGCAUCGGUCAGGCGAUCGACAUGUAGUGCCGCGAGAGAGCUCGACAUCGCACCCAUUCGGUGAUUCCCUUCGAAAACUCAGACCACCUGUGGUGGUUUAUAGGCUCCCGUGCAGUCCCAUACUAACACUCAUCUUCCUCCUCGCAUACUAUCAUCAAGCCACGAUGCCAGCAGUCGCCGCAGGCAGAGUACUUGUCACCGGUGUCAAUGGCUACAUCGGUCUAUGGGUCGCUCGGGUACUACUCGAGCGGGGCUACACUGUUCGCGGGACUGUGCGCUCUGAGGCGAAGGCGAAGCAUAUCCGCCAGCUUUUCAAACCUUUCGGCGAGAAGUUCGAGAUGGUGAUUGUGCCCGAUAUCACCAAGGUCGGGGCAUUCGACGAGGCCGUCAAGGACAUGGAUGCCGUCGAGCACACUGCCUCGCCGUACCACUUCAAGGCGGGCGACCCCGACGAGCUAAUUGUACCCGCGCUGCACGGCACCACGCGAGUACUCGAGUCCAUUCUGGCGCAUGGGAGCUCCGUCAAGCGUGUCGUGGUCACCUCGAGUGUCGCGGCCGUGCUGCAGGUGCAGUCUACGCCGCGUGUGUUCACGGAGGAGGACUGGAAUGAUGCGUCCGUCGUGGAGGUGCGCGAGAAGGGUGCGGGCGCGAGCCAGGCAGGCAAGUACCGCGCGAGCAAGACACUCGCGGAACGGGCGGCCUGGGACUUCGUCGAGAAGAACAGGGGGAGCAUUGGCUGGGACCUGGUCGUGCUCAACCCACCGAUGGUGUUUGGCCCGGCGAUACAUGAGGUGGGCGCGCCGGAGGCGCUGAACGAGAGUAUGCACAAUUGGUUCCACAGUGUGUUCCGGGGAUCGCAAGACCCGAAACAGCUCGGGACGUUGGGCAUGGCUUGGGUCGAUGUUCGCGACCUCGCGGAUGCCCACGCCCUCGCUAUCGAGCAAGAAGAAGCCGGUGGCAACCGAAUUAUCAUCGCAUCUGGUCCUUACAAGUGGCAAGACUGGAUCAAUGCCGCGCGCACGGUGGAUGCCUCCGCGCCACCUGGCGAUCAGUCCUACGAUCCCGCGAAGGCCGUGCACAUGUUGAUGUUUGACGCCUCGAAGAGUGUCAAGUUGCUUGGGCUCAAGUACCGUAGCAUCCAGGAGACCACCUCCGACAUCGUCGGGGACUUCAAGGCGAGGGGAUGGCUUUAAACUGUGCGUACAUUAUAGGCUUGUUUGCCAGUUCGAAUUCGCAGUGUGCGUGAAUGCGUUGUAGCAUUAUCAUCCCCAUACUGGAGGAUGAAAUCAUGGAAAAGCUGCCAUUGGAUAUUGACGAACUAUGUCUGAUUGUGUGCAUAACGAGUCGGAGUUCAAGUUGUAGAUGGACCGGGGUGUCGCGGCUCACCACGAUGCAAUCGAAUGGUCUCGCCACGAUGGAC